AUGGUCUCACGCAGCUACAAUGGGAUGAAGGAAGCUUUGCAGCUUCUGGGCCUUCCGGACUAUCCGCUGAGCUUUGUGCCAGGCCGAGAGCUGAAGCUCUGCGGACAUCAUUUGCGAGAGGAGAUCAACGAAAUGAUUCAUCACUGGAUGACGGAUGAAAAGGAUGACUUCUACAGCGCGCUGAGCAAGAUAAAGGGCAUCGUUUCGAAGCCCAUUUUGACUGAGGAGGAGCUAGAUCUACUGGACAGCAAGGAAGAAUGGCAGAAGACCUUGGGCCCGGACGGUGGAGUGAUGUUCACCAGAAGGCAGGAUGGACCACCGCCACCUCAAGAGGACGAUGAUGACGAGGAGGUCAUAGAUGUCAAUCCAGAUGGCACCCGCUUGGGCUCCAGCGGCGGAACAUCAGGCUCGGCCGCCAGGAAGGAAAGCGGCAGCAAAGCCGUCAGUGAGCAGGACUACUAUGCACUGCUUGGAGUGAGCGCAACAGCUUCUCUACAAGAGAUCCGAACCCGAUUCCGCGCCCUUGUAUUGACAGCGCAUCCGGAGAAGGGUGGCGAUCCAGAGACAUUCCACAAGCUCAACAAGGCUUACAGCGUUCUGAGUGAUCCAGCAAAGCGGCAAGAGUAUGAUGCCGAGCGGUAG